AUGGCAUCACCACUAGACCCAUCACAAGCCGCUCUUCCCAAGCGCUCUGAGCUGCCCAGUUUGCCCAAUGCUCCUGCCGGAGCGGCAUGGCUAUGGGGAAAAGAUGAUGAGCUCGGUCGCUUGAACAUGCUCACGACAGACCGCAAGCUUGCGGCGGCCAAGCUUAUUCGCACAGGCGAGACAAUCAACUUGGAUCUUCGGUCCGAUCUGCCUAGUCCUCCGGUCUUUGGUCGAGAGCCGUUCCAGCAUGAGAUCAAAAAGCUCAACGGUGGCCAAGGCAAUGAUGACUUGUUCCACAUGAAUACGCAGAGUGGUUCUCAGUGGGACGGCUAUCGCCAUGUCGCGACUAAACAAAACGACAAAUGGAUUUUCUACAAUGGAAUCACACAAGAGGACAUCGAAAGUCCCCAAAGGAGCGGUGGGAUGCAGUCCUGGGCAGAGCACGGUGUGGUAGGCCGUGCUGUUCUCCUUGAUGUGUGGAGUCAUCUGGGAAAGUCAUACGACCCAUUCACCACGCGUCCGAUCACUCUAGAGGAACUCAAAUCUUGUGCGGACGCUCAGGGAGUGCAAUUCCAGUACGGCGAUAUACUGAUAAUACGUUCCGGCUGGCUUGAUGCAUACACCGGGAUGAGCUCAGCAGCCCGCCAAGCACUUGGAGAUGUCAAGGAUUACGCCCAUGAAUUUGUGGGCGUCGAACAGACGAGCGAAAUGCUCGACUUUCUCCAUGACAACUACUUCAGCGCCGUGGCCGGUGAUACUCCCGGUUUCGAAGCUUGGCCACCAAAGCCUCCUCACGUCUUGCACGCUCAUCUGCUACCGCUUUGGGGCCUUCCAAUUGGAGAGAUGUGGGAUCUUGAGCAACUGGCCGAAACUUGUAAAAAGUACAAACAGUACGCGUUUUUCUUUUCGAGCUCUCCGUCGAACGUUCCAGGUGGUGUCGGAAGCCAUCCUAACGCGAUGGCAAUCUUCUAA